AUGAAUUAUAUCUCGAUUUUCGGUUUAUUUGUGAUUUUUUCAAAUGCUAAUUCGAUUCCGGAAAAUUGUCGAGAACAAGUGAAUCGAGGGCAUUCAAAAUGUGCAAAACCACAAAAAUCAAUCCAGGUUAGUGAAGUUUUUUUUGCAUUUUUCUGUGAAUGAAUCCUCGUAGUUUUUAGUAUCACUAUGACAAUUCUCUGGAAAUGUGUCUUCCAUUUUUAUACGAAGGUUGUGGUGGAAAUCGGAAUCGAUUUGAAGAUGAUGAUCAAUGUAUUGUGAGAUGUAGACCAGGUUUGAAAUUUUUAUUUUAAUUGGAAUUUUUUUGGGAACUGAUGAAUAAAUAUGUGAAAUGUUUUUAGGAUAUAAAAAUAUCAAUUAAAUAUGAGAAACUGUUUUUGAAAAAUAAUCAAAUACUAAUAUUUUUGUUCAAAAAAUUGAAAUUUUUUAAAUUAAUUUUCAGCCCGUUUAAAAACAUUGAUUCAUGAUCUCCUCAUUUUUGAACGUGAACUUUUUUAUUUCAAAACUUUUCAUUUCAAAGUCCAUAAUUUUCAGCCGAUAAAGGAAUUUGUGGUGGAAAUUCGAAACCAACUGGAAGUUGUUCGAGUCGAAACAAAACAUGUGCCAAAGGUUCAAGAUGUAUUAUUAUGGCUUUUGGAAUCGGAAUGUGUUGUGAUGAAAAAGACUCAAGGUAGCUUCAAUUCUUAUGGUUUCUAUAACAAUUUUAUUCUUUAGAUGAAUGGAUCCGUGAGAAUCAUCCAAAAUGUUCUGAACCUGGCUUUUCUGUAGUCACCGAGCCUGCUUGGUAUGGACAACGUGAAGUAUUGGGAAAAUCUUGUGCUCAUAGGUUGGUUUUGUGUAAUUUUUCCUCAAAAGAAUCAUAAAAACAAAAACUUCUCUCCAGAUUUUGUCCGAUUGGUUCAAAAUGUAUCGAUGGCAGAUGGCUCGCUUAUUGCUGUCAACCAAUAAAAAACAGCUAA